AUGCUGAGAGAAUCAGGUGUGCGCUGCUACACCCAGGAUCUGUCUGGACAGGCCGGACUGCGGUACGCCAAGGUAGACACGACCAUCGAGUUUCCCACCGGUUCAACAUUGGCCUACGUCACAAUCCCCAUCCUCACAGACAGUGCCUGGCAUACCUGUGAGGAAUUUGCCGUCAAGCUCGCGGAUCCUGACAGAUGUCAUAUCCGUGGAGGCGGCUGCCGAGUCAAGAUCAUUGACGAGGACUGCUUUCCGAGCAACGACGUGGCCGAAUACCUUGUGCCCCCGUCCUCCCUGGACGAAGUGCCACAGAGGACGUUCGCAUGGAGUUUCAUCAGGCUUUGCAUGAUGCAGCCAGAUAUCAAGCGGAAGGCGUUGAUUCACGUUAGCAUCUCGUUGCUGCACAACCUGUACUUUUUGAUGACUGUCUUCCUGAAGGUGUAUCUCAUCAACGUACUUUUGGCAAAAGCAGGCGAUGAGGCCCAUGCUGCGGCCGCCCGGACAAGUCUGAGCGAGCAGGCCACAGACGACCAAGCCGAAGUCCAGCAAACGCUCCGUCGGCUAGAGCAUCGGGACAUCGGAAGCGGCGGCCUAUUGGGCUCCAGCCUGCUCGUGCCAGACAACCUGGAAGCUACAGCGGCGAUUCUUGCGGCGCUUUACAUGGUCCCCUUCGCAUUGCUCCACAUACUGGACGUGGUGAGGGCCAGACUUGGUAUUUCUGGCACGAUCCGCCGAACACUGAUUUCUGCGCUAUUUCGCCGCUUCAUGAGCUACAAGGCCUACGAGCGGGCGAAGAUACCUGAUGCAGACAUCUCAAUGGCCUGCGUGCGGGACAUUCCAGUUCUGGUGAGCGACGGAUUUAUGCGACUCUUCCACGUCAUCGAGGUCGCGCUUCGCAUUUUCGUCACCAUGAUCUUCUUGCUUGUUGAGAACCGAUACGCUAUUCUGCCGUUCGCAAUCUAUCCCAUCCUCGCAGCACUUUGGAUGGUGUGGCGGAGACCACAGAUGCAACUGCUCCAGGAGAAGAGGCUGCAAUCGGACAAUGCAGUUGUUCGAGGUGUUCAUCAAGCCUGCACGAAUCAAGAUCUCAUCCAAGACUUCAAGAAGCGUUCAAAAGCCGUGGACCGGUUCUGGGAUUAUGUUGUCGCGAACAGCUCCUCCAGAAGUGCCUGCUCGGUGUUCGAUCUGAACAACAGCAGGUUCUUUCCUUGGCUGACGAUGAUUUCAAUGGUGCUAUAUAUUUUUUGGGGCGUGCAGCAGUUGCAGCAAGGCUUCGAUUCCAAGUUUAAGCAUCCAGAUUCCAGAAUUCCGGAGGUGUUGCGCGCGGAGCCCCGACGCAACUCGCCACACGCAACAUCACGCAACCUCGCCUGGAUCGCCUGGCAUCCAGCCCGAACGGUCCAAAGCUUCUCGUCCUUCCUGCGCCCGGGCUAG